CAGAUCGCUGGAUUUAGGUGUACUGCAAGGACUGUUUUGCAAAUGUAACGCCAGGCCCAUCAACGGACCGGAUCCUGUCCCUCUUUUUCGAAUCCAACGGCCCAUACCGCGCUGGUGCAUCUGGUGCAUCAGUUCUCUCGUUUCACCGCCAAGAUGCUGUCCCUUCUCCGCGCCGCCGUCUCCGGCCGCCUUCGCCGCACCCUCUCCACCGCCGCCGCGCGCCCUCCCUGGGCGAUGAUGUACCGGAUCUCCCUGGGGUCCAACUCCACGGGAAGCGUGUCGUCCUCGCUCGCGCCGCCGCCGUCCGUCUCCUCCGUCUCCAUGCCCAGACACGCCCUCGACAUCGACCCCUUUCCGCCCCAACCCAAGUGCGUCAGCCUGUUUCAGGGCCUCGUCCACGCCGCCAGCGGCCACGGCUUCCUCCUCCUGGACACCUGCAUAGUCCGCCUCCAGACGCAUGACCUCAAGUUCCUCUACCAGAGGUUCGCGCGCUUCGUCUGCAACCCGGUCACCGGCCAGCUGCUCCGCCUCCCGGACUUCGACGGCGCCGAGAAGACCUUGACCAACGGCAUGGGGCUCCUCACCCAGGCUUACGGCGCCAGCGGGCCGCCCAACAGGUAUGCCGCUGCUCAGCUCAUCGAGGUCGACGGCGGGCGGCGCUUCCUGCUGCGCCGGUUCUCCUCGGAGUCGGGGGACUGGGAGGAGCUGGUCCUGCCUUCCCCGAUGCCGCCUCACCGGCGAAUGUACAUGAUGCACGAGGUGCUGGACUUCGGAGGCCGGCUCUGGUGGGUGGACGUGAGCUGGGGCGCCAUCUGCGUCGAUCCGUUCAGCGACCGGCCUGAACUCUGCCCCGUCGAGCUGCCGGCACACAGCAUGCUUCCUGACCAACUGGCCGAGAGCGAAAUGAGGCGGCUUAUCAAGCAUCGCCACAUGGGGGUCAGCGCCGGCAGGCUGCUCUUUGCCGAGGUCGACCCGUUCCAUAUCAGAUCCUUCACGCUCGACGACGAGAGCGGCCGCUGGACGCUGCAGCACCAGGUGUCGGUUGAUCUUUUGCCUAGUGGAGGUAAUGCCAAGGAGAUGCCUUUUGUUGCUGCUGUCGAUCCACUGGACACCAACCUGCUGCAUCUCAACGUGGACAGAGUUAAUUUCAGCAUCGACAUGUCCAGGAAGAGGAUGAUUGAGAUUACUGCAAUACCUAGUGACAUGUAUCCUCCGAGCGAGGCCGCAACAACCUCCUAUCUACCUUGUGUGCUCCCCUCAUUUCUUCGAUCAAGCACGAUUCCAGGUAAGAAGUGUGUCAUGAAAAACAAGACUUUGGCAGAUGUUCUGGUUCGUGUAGACAGACAUCACGCUAAAUGAAGCGUGCCAAGUUACCAUCCAAUGCGUCGCUGGGUUUCUAACAAUCAAGUAGUAGCUGAUGCGCGAUAGGUGAUGGUGGGACUCAGAUUUUGUGGGAAAUCUGGAGAUGUUUGGGUUUCGAGAUUUUGAUGCUUGUUCAGACUCCAUACUAAGGCAGCCCGCGCUCAUCCCUUCGUAGCAAAAGGCGGAUGCAUCCACAUGUUUAACUCCCUUGAGAGAAACUUAUUUGUAUGAGACAUGUGACGAAUCGAUGAUGAGCGUUUCAGUAUUAUGCUUAUUUGCAUGUUA